GCGAGCGAGGAGCCGGCGCGCGGGAGAGGACGCGCCCGGGGCGCGGGACCGCCCGCCCCCUCGGGAUUUCGGGGGGCCGGGGGCGCGCGACGCCAUGGGCCGGCCGGGCCCGGGCCCCCUCUCUCUCAGCGUGUCUUGCAGCCCGGCCGCUCCAUCUCGGUCUCCGCCAUGAACGGGCCCACCCUGCAGCCUUCCUCGGCCUCCCCCGCGCCCUCGGCCUCCCUGUCUCCGGCGGCCGCGGCGGCGCCGUCGUCACCCCGGGGCUGGAGCGAGUUCUGCGAGCUGCACGCGGUGGCCGCGGCCCGGGAGCUGGCCCAGCAGUACUGGCUCUUCGCCCGCGAGCACCCGCACCACGCGCCGCUGCGCGCCGAGCUCGUCUCGCUGCAGUUCACCGACCUCUUCCAGCGCUACUUCUGCCGCGAGGUGCGCGAGGGCCGCGCGCCCCUGCCGCCCGCGCCCCGCGCCCCGCCGCCCGCGCGCGACUACCGCGAGACGGGCCGCGGGCCCCCGGCCAAGGCCCCGGCGCCCCCAGCUGAGCCGGGCCCGGGCCCCGCCGCGGCGGCGCUGCCCAAGGCCCGCAGCUCCGAGGAGCUGGCCCCGCCGCGGCCGCCGGCGCCCUGCUCCCUCCAGCACCUGCGCCGCAGCCUUCGCCACAUCUUCCGCCGCCGCUCGGCCGGGGAGCUGCCCGGCGUCCCGGGCGCCGGGGCCAGCGGGGAGGCGGGCGAGGCCCCGGCCAGGCCCGGCUUGGCCAGGAAGCUCCUGCCCUGGAGCCUGGCCCGGGAGCCGCCGCCCGAGGCCCUCAAGGAGACGGCGCUGCGGUACAGCCUGGCCGACGAGGCCUCCAUGGACAGCGGCGCGCGCUGGCAGCGAGGGCGGCUGGCGCUGCGGCGCGCGGGGGGCCCGGACGGCGCCGCGGACCACGUGCUGGAGCUCUUCGACCCGCCCAAGAGUUCAAAGCCCAAGCUACAAACAACCUGCUCCAACAUCCAAGAAGUCCGGCAGUGUACACGCCUUGAGAUGCCUGACAACCUCUACACCUUUGUGCUUAAGGUGAAGGACCGGACAGACAUCAUCUUUGAGGUGGGAGAUGAGCAGCAGCUGAAUUCAUGGAUGGCUGAGCUCCGGGAGUGCACAGGCCAAGGCAGGCCAGAGAGCACAGACCCCGAGAUGCACAGCCCUUCAACCCUAGAGUCUGGCAUAUCCAACUCCCCAAGGGGAAGCACAGAUUCCCUUAAUCAAGGUGCUUCUCCUGGGGGGUUGCUGGACCCAGCCUGUCAGAAAACCGAGCACUUCCUGUCCUGCUACCCCUGGUUCCACGGCCCCAUUUCCCGAGUGAAGGCAGCUCAGCUGGUUCAGCUGCAGGGCCCUGAUGCUCAUGGAGUGUUCCUGGUACGGCAAAGUGAGACACGGCGUGGCGAGUAUGUGCUCACAUUCAACUUCCAGGGCAUAGCUAAGCACCUGCGCCUGUCCCUGACCGAGCGGGGCCAGUGCCGAGUGCAGCACCUGCACUUCCCCUCAGUGGAGGACAUGCUGCACCACUUCCAGCGCUCGCCCAUCCCGCUCGAGUGCGGUGCUGCCUGUGAUGUUCGGCUGUCCAGCUACGUGGUGGUCGUCUCCCAGCCACCAGGUUCCUGCAACACUGUCCUGUUCCCCUUCUCCCUCUCUCGCUGGGAUUCAGAGCUGGGCCUUCCCCACUUUAGCGCUGCUGGCUGUCCUCGGGGGCUCAGCCCAGAGGGUCUCCCAGGCAGCUCCUCGUCCCCAGAGCAGAUCUUCCACCUGGUGCCUUCACCUGAGGAACUGGCCAGCAGCCUGCAGCACCUGGAGCUGGAGUCCGAGAGUCGGGCCCGGGAUUCAGACUACGAACUGGACUCAUCUUCCGGGAGCCGACUGCGGGCCAUAGAUAACCAAUAUACACCCCUCUGAGAGGCGGUGAGGAGUCCAAGGCCUCAGUGUCACAGAGAUAGGAACCUGUGAAUGUAACUAUCUUUCCUUCCUUCCAGAGAGAGAUUUAAGGGACACUGUUAACUGUUCACUCCAGUUUGGACGUGACCCUUCUAUUAGGCCUGUUGAAGGGCCUCCUGUAAGUUCUGUCCACCUCCUGUAAGGCUUUCUCCUGACUGUUUACAGAUGUAGUCCUUAUUCACGGAUGCUACUGGCUUCUGCCCUGGGGCCAUAGACCAGUCCCCCAUUCUGAGAGGAGCAGGUGGGUGGAGGGCAAGAGUUUUGCAGUGGAAACUUGUUAUCACUGACAUUGGGUGGGUGGGUAGGAGGGAGGGCAUCAGGAAGCCCAAAACACUAACAGCCCUGGAGUCUGCCAUGGUUUUCCCACUGCGGCUGCAGUCUGUGUGGCAGCUCAGCCUCACAAGGCCACGGACGACCACACCUGAUCCUUCCACUCUCAGCUUUAGGAUGAAGCUCUCAAAAUCAAUUUUGAACAUUUUACCUCAGAUAACUGUUUUAAAGCAUUCAGGCUUCAAAACUAAACUGUUGCUUACUUCAUUGCACUGUUCCAACUAAUACUCAUGCGAUGUUUGUAGUCAGAGACAGCUAUGCAAACCUUUUGACUAGUUCACGGUCCAAGCCAAGAUGCCUGGCUUCCUUGUCAAUUUCAACCUCAGGACAGUCUCCUGCUGAGGAGCAGCCACUGUCCUUCCUAAAUGUAGAGAAGUGAAGCCUGUCACCCUUCCAGGAAAUUCAACUGCUGAAAUAGGAGGGUGGCAAGGAAUAGUUCUACUCUGGUGCCUUAUGAAUAAAAAACUGGAUUCUGGUUUAUA